UUCAGUUUCUUCAUUGUCGAUUGAGCGGAGAUUGUCAUGGAGGUGCUGGUUCCAUACAGAGUAUUAGGGAAGAGUAGCUCCUCGACCUCUUCUCCUUUGCGUUCUGAAAGUUCGAAUCCAGUAGACGCCGUCAUUUUUACGGGGAUAUGUUUAGUGCUGGGAAUUGCUUGUAGGCAUGUUCUACGUGGAACUAGAGUCCCUUACACAGUCGCUUGUUGUGUUAUCGGCAUUGGUCUUGGAUCACUAGAAUAUGGUACAAGUCACAAAUUGGGAAAGAUUGGUGAUGGCAUUCGGCUUUGGGCAGAUAUUGAUCCUGACCUUCUAUUGGCCGUUUUUCUUCCUGCUCUUUUAUUUGAGAGUUCAUUUUCAAUGGAAGUGCACCAGAUCAAGAGGUGUUUGGCACAGAUGCUUCUACUUGCUGGUCCAGGAGUUCUCAUUUCAACAUUAUGUCUUGGAUCUGCUUUGAAGCUAACUUUUCCAUAUAAGUGGGACUGGAAAACAUCAUUAUUGCUUGGGGGACUUCUGAGUGCUACUGAUCCUGUGGCUGUAGUUGCUUUAUUAAAAGAGCUUGGUGCAAGCAAAAAAUUAAGUACGAUUAUUGAAGGAGAGUCCUUGAUGAACGAUGGGACAGCAAUUGUGGUGUACCAACUUUUCUUUAAGAUGGUGAUGGGACAAAGCUUUAACUGGGGUGCCAUAGUCAAGUUUCUGAGUCAAGUUGCACUUGGAGCUGUGGGCAUUGGUCUUGCUUUUGGCUUUGCAUCUGUUCUAUGGCUCGGAUUUAUUUUCAACGACACAGUGAUAGAGAUCACACUGACGCUUGCAGUGAGCUAUAUUGCUUACUUCACUGCUCAAGAAGGUGCUGAGGUUUCUGGUGUGCUGACAGUUAUGACUUUAGGAAUGUUUUAUGCAGCAGUUGCAAAGACAGCAUUUAAGGGCGAUGGACAACAAAGCUUGCAUCACUUCUGGGAAAUGGUUGCAUACAUUGCCAACACAUUAAUUUUCAUCUUGAGUGGAGUUGUGAUAGCUGAAGGCAUUCUUGGAAGUGACAGCGUUUUUAAAAACCAUGGUACUACUCACAUUCAUUUUCAUCUAAUCUUCUGCUCACAUGCUAAAAUUAUUUUGGGACAUGAGAAUACUGAAGAUUGCACAAUUGGCAGCUUAAACCUUUAUCGUUCUAGUGAUAAUUCAAUUCAUAUCAGUUCUGAAGCAGGAAAACUGUUUGUUUUCUUCACCGGUGGAAUUGUAUUCUUGACGCUUAUUGUUAAUGGAUCCACUACACAAUUUAUUUUACAUUUUCUUCGUAUGGACAAACUAUCAGCCACCAAGAGGCGCAUACUGGAGUUCACAAAGUAUGAAAUGUUAAACAAAGCAUUGGAAGCUUUUGGUGAUCUAGGAGAUGAUGAGGAACUUGGACCUGCUGACUGGCCUACAGUUAAAAGAUAUAUUGCAAGCUUAAAUGACUUGGAAGAGGAACGUGUGCAUCCCCAUGGGGCAUCUGAAAGUGAAACUUUGGACCCUACAAGUCUGAAAGACAUACGUGUACGGCUUUUGAAUGGUGUCCAAGCAGCCUAUUGGGGGAUGCUUGAUGAGGGACGGGUAACACAAACUACCGCAAUUCUUUUGAUGCGGUCAGUAGAUGAGGGAAUUGACUCAGCUUCUCAUGAGGCUUUAUGCGAUUGGAAUGGUCUAAAAUCCAAUGUUCACUUUCCAAGUUAUUACAAGUUUCUGCAGUCUAGCAUUUGCCCACGAAAGUUGGUUACUUACUUCACCGUGGAAAGGUUAGAAUCCGCAUGCUACAUAUGUGCUGCAUUCCUCCGUGCCCACAGAAUUGCACGACAACAACUUCAUGACUUUUUAGGUGACAGUAAUGUUGCUUCAAUAGUAAUUAAUGAAAGCAAGGCAGAAGGAGAAGAGGCAAGAAAGUUCUUGGAAGAUGUCCGGCUGACAUUUCCUCAGGUUUUGCGUGUUGUAAAAACUAGACAAGUAACAUAUUCGGUGCUGAAUCACUUGAUUGAUUAUGUCCAAAAUCUUGAAAGAGUUGGGCUGUUAGAGGAAAAAGAGAUGCUUCACCUUCAAGAUGCUGUCCAGACUGACUUGAAGAAACUUUUGAGGAAUCCUCCUUUGGUGAAAAUUCCAAGAAUAACUGAUAUGAUUAGACUCCAUCCUCUAAUGGGGGCUCUUCCUCCUAGUGUUUCUGGGCCGCUUGAAGGCUCUACUAAAGAAAUGAUGAAAUCAUGCGGUGUUACACUUUACAGGGAGGGCUGCAAGCCAAAUGGUAUCUGGCUUAUUUCUAACGGUGUUGUUAAGUGGACAAGCAAAACUAUAAGGAGCAAGCACAUGUUACAUCCAACAUUUACACAUGGGAUUACAUUGGGCCUCUAUGAAGUGCUAAUUGGAAAGCCUUACCUUUGUGACAUCGUUACAGAUUCCGUGGUACUCUGUUUCUUCAUUGAAAGUGAAAAAGUACUUUCAGUAUUGCAGUCAGAUCCUGCAGUAGAAGAUUUCCUGUGGCAGGAAAGCGCCAUUGCUCUUGCCAAGCUCUUGCUUCCUCAAAUAUUUGAGAAAGUGCAAAUGCAAGAAUUGAGAGCUCUUGUUGCAGAAAGGUCAACAAUGACCACAUAUGUAAGCGGAGAAACUAUUGAAAUACCCUACCAUUCCAUUGGCUUUCUACUGGAAGGAUUCAUAAGAACUCACAGCCUCCAUGAAGAGCUGAUCACAUCUCCAGCAGCUUUAUUGAAUUCAAAUCUUAAUCAAAGCUUCCAAAGUGCUGAAAUAUCUGGUGCCAAAUCAGCAAGUUUCUUGCACCAAGCAUCCUGGUAUCAAGCUGAGACAAGAGCAAGAGUCAUCAUUUUUGAUAUUGCUGCAUUUGGAGCUGAAAAUGCUAUUUUAAGGUCGUCAUCUUUACUACCACAUGCUGUUGAUCACCCAUAUACAACCCUAAGUAGAGAACAUGGUGGUCUUAUGAGUUGGCCAGAACAUUUCUACAAGACAGGGCAGCAUAAGCAAAAAGGCGGGAGGACAGAUACGCAUGCAAAUAGUUUAUCUGCAAGAGCAAUGCAACUAAGCAUUUUUGGCAGCAUGGUUGACAUGCCAUGGAGAAACAAAAGUUUUUCAGGGACUCGAAGCAAGCCAUCACAUAGUUUAUCUUAUCCAAGGGUUCCUUCAAACAAUGGCCACCGUCUUGUUUCCAUCAAAUCAGAAGGUGCUGCUACUGUGAGGAAGAACCUGGAAGUGAGAAAGUUGGUGAGAAAAAUCCCUGCAGGCCCACAGCAAAGUUCAGACAGACCACAGACUCACAUAAUUGAUGAUUCCAGUGAUGAAUCAGCUCCUGAGGAUGAUCUGAUUGUGAGAAUUGAUUCACCAAGUAGACUUUCUUUUCGCCAGGCUUCUUAAGUGUUUGUUUCUAGUAAUGGAAAUAAUGUGGCAGGACAGAUUUAUCGGAUUGUCUCCAACCAUCUGGUUUCCACUGUAAACAGGUCAGAACAUAGCCUGCGUUGUGUGUAGCCACAGAAUUUGAGAAGACACUUCCCUCGACAAUGCAAGGACAAUGGAUUAAUAUGAAUCAGAAUUGUGGCUUAUUAGUUUUUAGUUUCUUCUGUUUGAAUUUUUGGUUAAAAUUGUUCUUCUAUGUUAUAUGGUUGUGUGUUUGUACAAAGUAAUAAUGCAUGGACGAGAAGAAGAAAUUCUGACUGUAAGCUUCUAAUGUAAAUGGCGCUCUGGAGACCAUUUUAGUCCUGCAAAUUAUAAUUAAAAGGUGCAUUUUGAAGCUUGGGAGACCAAA